CGGGGAGAUGCCGUACCUCGGCUCCGAGGACGCGGUGAAGGAGCUGAAGAAGGCUCUGUGUAACCCUCACGUCCAGGCGGACCGGCUGCGCUACCGGAAUGUCAUCCAGCGAGUGAUUAGACCCGCAGCGCCUAACUGCUUGCUUGGCGUUUCCGCCUGGAUGUUUCUUCAAAGUCAUGCAAAAUAGUUCCUCAUCCUCCCCCGCCCCAAACCUGCUGGCACAUGACUCAGGGCGUGGACAUGUCUGGUGUUUUCAUGGAAAUGGUGAAGGCCAGUGCCACCGUCGAUAUUGUUCAGAAGAAGUUGGUUUAUCUCUACAUGUGCACAUACGCUCCCCUGAAGCCAGAUCUGGCUCUCCUGGCCAUCAACACACUGUGCAAAGACUGUUCGGACCCCAACCCGAUGGUGCGAGGGCUGGCGCUGCGGAGCAUGUGCAGCCUCAGAUGGACAUUCAAACAUCCACUAAACCGUCCGUUAAGUUGCUAGGGGCUGAAUUGUGUCAAAACUAGGAUUUCAAGAUCUGGCUGAUUGCAGGAUGUGUUGCUUAGGAUGCCUGGUGUACAGGAGUAUAUCCAACAGCCUGUUCUCAACGGUCUGCGGGAUAAGGCUUCAUACGUCAGGAGGGUGGCGGUCCUUGGCUGUGCCAAGAUGCAUAAUCUUCAUGGAGACUCUGAAGUGGAUGGUGCCCUGGUAAAUGAAUUAUACAGUUUGCUGCGUGACCAGGAUCCAAUUGUGGUGGUGAACUGCUUGAGGUCUCUAGAGGAAAUUCUGAAACAGGAAGGAGGUGUUGUCAUCAAUAAGCCCAUCGCCCACCAUCUCUUAAAUCGAAUGUCCAAACUGGACCAAUGGGGCCAGGCUGAAGUAUUGAACUUCCUGCUGCGCUACCAGCCCCGCAGUGAGGAGGAGCUGUUUGACAUUCUCAAUCUGUUGGACAGCUUUCUCAAGAGCAGUAGCCCAAGCGUGGUGAUGGGAGCCGCCAAACUCUUUCUGAUCUUAGCAAAAAAGUUCCCCCACGUGCAAACGGAUGUGCUCAUGCAGGUGAAGGGACCUUUACUGGCUGCCUGCUCUUCGGAGAGCCGCGAGCUCUGUUUUGCUGCCCUCUGUCACGUGCGCCAGAUCUUGCAUAGUUUGCCAGGCCACUUUAGCAGCCACUACAAAAAGUUCUUUUGCUCCUACUCGGAGCCCCACUAUAUCAAGCUGCAGAAGGUGGAGGUGCUGUGUGAGCUGGUGAACGACGAGAACGUGCAGCAGGUGCUCGAGGAGCUGCGAGGGUACUGCACCGACGUGUCUGCUGACUUUGCACAGGCUGCCAUCUUUGCCAUAGGUGGUAUUGCGAGGACCUACACAGAUCAGUGUGUGCAGAUUCUAACAGAGCUGCUGGAGCUUCGACAAGAGCACAUUACCACGGUGGUGGUGCAGACUUUCCGAGACCUGGUGUGGCUGUGUCCUCAGUGUACAGAAGCUGUGUGCCAGGCCCUGCCCGGCUGUGAGGAGAACAUUCAGGACAGCGAGGGGAAGCAGGCGCUCAUUUGGCUACUCGGUGUCCAUGGGGAAAGAAUUCCCAAUGCUCCUUACGUGUUGGAAGACUUCGUAGAGAACGUGAAGUCGGAGACAUUUCCGGCUGUUAAGAUGGAGCUCCUCACGGCGCUGCUGCGCCUUUUCCUCUCACGGCCCGCUGAGUGCCAGGACACGCUGGGCCGCUUGCUGCAUUACUGCAUAGAGGAAGAAAAGGAUAUGGCAGUACGGGACCGUGGUCUCUUCUAUUAUCGCCUCCUCUUAGCUGGCAUUGAUGAAGUUAAGCGGAUCCUAUGUAGCCCUAAAUCUGACCCUUCUCUUGGACUUUUGGAGGAUCAGGCAGAAAGACCUGUGAAUAGCUGGGCCUUGGACUUCAACACGCUGGUGCCAGUAUAUGGCAAAGCCCGCUGGGCAACCAUCUCUAAAUGCCAGGGGGCAGAGCGUCGUGGCCUAGAGCUUCCCAACACUGCAUCCUUGGCCGCAUCAGGACCCCUGAUUCCUGAAGAGGACAAGGAGAGGGUGCAAGAACUCUCUGAUUCUGGAGCCCUCAUGCUAGUCCCCAAUCUCCAGCUUACUGCUGAGUAUUUUGAGAAAACUUGGCUUAGCCUCCAAGUUGCUCAUCAGCAGGUGGUCCCAUGGCAGGGAGCAGUCCACCCAGACACCCUCCAGAUGGCCCUGCAAGUGGUGCACAUCCAGACCAUCGCAGUGAGCAGGGCUGGGGCUCAGCCAUGGAAAGCCUACCUCAGUGCUCAGGACGACACCGGUUGUCUGUUCUUAACAGAGCUGCUGUUGGAGCCUGAGAACUUAGAGAUGCAGAUCUCCGUGAAACAGAGUGAGGCGAGGACGGAGACACUGAGCAGUUUCAUUUCUGUGUUAGAAACUGUGAUUGGAACAAUUGGAGACAUAAAACCGUAAGAGUUCUGCCACCUGUCCUGAGUGAGAAGAGCUCUCAGAGUUCCUUGAUUUUUCUUAUUGCAGAUGCUUGUAAGUCCAGAGGAUAUCAAAUGCGAAGGGCAUUGGGAAAUCUAGGAAUCAAGAUUUUUAUGUUUUUGUCCAAAGACCAUCAAAUUAUUCCUCUCAGACUUGCUGUUGAAUGACCCCAUUUUUCCAGUUGCUGUUGUAAAGGGUAGUGGUGGUGAGGGGAUAGGAAUGGGAGUCAGGAUAGGGUGUGGAUUCUUUUCUACCCAGUUUAAGGGUGUUUUACUAAUUAAAGGGGCCUGAUGUGUGUGGAAA